AUGUCUGAUCAACUUAGUAUUCAAGAAUCCAGAAAACGUGCAAGGGAGAAUGUGGAUAAAGAUAAGAAAGUUGUUAUGGAGGUUGUAGGUUUUUUCAUGACUGUUGUUGUGGCUUGGUUUGAUUUGAGGUAUGAAGUAAAGGAAAUAACAUGGAAUCAACACGAACGUAUGAAUAGACGAACAAUUUGGAUGGACACGUUGAUGAAUGAUAGAAUAUGUAGGGAGCAUUUACAUCUAGGCAAACGUUGUUUUGAAAAAUUGUGCAAUAUUUUACAAUCCAAGGGUGGUUUAGUGACUACAAGAUAUGUUACAGUGAAAGAAAUUGUUGCAAUUUUUCUUCAUGUUCUUGCACAUGAUUUGGAAAAUAGAACAAUACAAGCAACCUUUGCUUGUUCUGGAGAGACUAUUAGUCGGCAAUUUCAUGUAGUCCUUAAAGCACUACUCAAGCUUAGAAAAAAGGGGGACAUUAGCACCAAUGCUUUAGCUGCAUGUGAUUCAAAUCUUCGUUUUACUUACGUUUUGCCUAGUUGGGAAGGUUCUUCUUCGGAUCCACGCGUUCUUCGUGAUGCUCUUCAAAGGCCCAAUGGUUUGAAGAUUCCUAGAAAUAAGUAUUUUCUUGUGGAUUUGGGAUUUUGUAACGCUAAAGGUUUUCUAGCUCCUUAUAGAGGUAUGAGAGAUCUAAGUUUUUAUGAUAAAAAGACUCAAAUUAGAAUUAUCAACGCUUGUUUUAUUCUUCAUAACUUUUUGAGGGAUGAAAUUAUGGAUGAAACAAGUCUUAUUAAUGAGGUAGAUGAAGAUUUACUAAAUAUAAAGACAAUUGAUGAAGAAGAUGUAGAAGAUGAUUACAUUAUUAGUACGCAAUCAAGUAAUGAGUGGAAAGUGUUUAGAGAUAAUCUUGCUCAAAAGAUGUUUGAAGAAUAUUAA